AUGAAUAAGAAUGUGCCGAAAUACGGCCGAAAAUUCUUCAAAGUGCCAUUACAAAACCUAGAAAUAAUCACCGUAACCCUAACGGACGGCCAACAGCUCAUAAUCCCAAAACGCAUCCACGAAAUUUGCACUUAUGUGCUGUCGAAGGUGCAAACCGAGGGGCUUUUCAGGAGGGAGGGCUCUAGGUCCAGACAGCAAGAAAUCAAGCUUUCUUUGGACAGGGGAUGCCCUUUGGGGGAUGAGUAUAACGUUAUCGAUGUAGCAGCGGUCCUAAAAAGCUUUUUAAGGGAGCUCCCUGAGCCCCUUAUACCCCAGGUGUAUAACGACUUGUUUUUGAUGUGUAGUCUCGAGAAAAGGCCUAAAAAAGACGUAUUGGAGUGUCUUUUAUUAGCCUGCCUUUUAUUGCCUAGCGAAAACUUGAAUGUACUGUCUUAUUUAAUGCAGUUCUUUAAAGAGGUGGCCAGUUACUCAAGUUAUAACAAGAUGACUUAUAGUAAUUUAUCGAUUUUAAUUGGGCCAAACAUAUUUCCUAUGGACGAUAAGUUGGUGCCAAAGUCCUCGUUUACUAUAACAAGGAUAUGUGAUAUUACUAAAUUACUCAUAGAAAACUCGAAAAACAUCGGGUUCAUUCCCGAUUAUAUCAUCGAUCAAAUGGGACAAACUCCUGACCAGGAAACUGAAAAAAGGCGAAAGAAUAAACGAAGGAGCGGCUCAUUGACAAGGAUGCUCAAUGGUCUCAAAAAGAUCGUGAGCAGUAGAACCGAAGAAGAGCCUACCACUCCUGACCUGCUCAUAACCCCCACAAUUCACGCCUCCCUUAAAAAAAAGAAGGGAGAGGGAGGCUUGUCACUUAAGAAAAAGAAAGAAGUGUUGACUAAGUUGCCAGAUUGCGCCAUUCUCAAUACCCAAUUUAGGACCCCUGUUAGUGUCCAUCCUAACGACAAAAAACAAUCGGAAGAAGAGACCUCUAGCAGCAGCUUGGAAAACCUUAAAGAGAAAAAGUUGCACUGGUACAUGCGUACCCGCAGCAUGAAAAGCCUUAAGGAAGAAGAGGCUGCGACCUCAGGGAACCCCAGGAGGGCCAGCCUGGGCCCCAAGUCUUUAUUGGAGAGGCGUUGGUCGGCUGUGAGCAACGCUGCCAAUUUUAGGAAAAAGAAGAGAACUUCUUGUGCGGGAACUAAAAAAGAACUGGCGAUGGUCAGUAGAAAGUUAGAGCAAAAAGAGGAACCGGAGUACGUGCGAGUGUCCAAAACCGAAUACGAAGAGUUUAAAAAUCGGGUUUCUGCAAUAGAGAGAAGGAUCUCCUUGGAACUGGACAACGUCCAGGCAAAGAUCGACAACGAAAACGACAACAAUGUAAACCGCGAAAUAGCCCAAGAGAAAACCGUCAUCGAGAACGUCCAAUCGGCUUACGAAAAAACGUUGGAGAACGCCAACGUGUCCCCCACCACCGAUCAGCUGGCCAAGAGGCUCAGCAGGGACCUAAGGAUCAGACGUAGCGCGGAUCAGAAAGUGAUCAGAUCGCCGAGCGCUCGGAAAAUCGGCACCUUAAGGCGCCGCUCCACCGAACGCGAAAAAAAAACGAAUCAAAUCGUGCGCAACCAGUCGUGGCACUCGGAAAACGCCUCGGCGCCGUUACUGCCUCGCCUCAGCACUCGGAGGAAACGGCAACGAGGCCAAGAUUCCGUCACUUUGGUGACGCCUCCGCAGACUACGCAUAACGGCGUUCAGAGAUCGGCGUCGUUCCCUAAAGCGCAAACGCAACUGUUGGGUAGCGCCAAACUGUCUGACUUGUCGAAUAAUAUGGAUUAUAGCACUUGUCACAGUAGUAUUUCAGGUGAUUCCCAUUGGGUGAGCGCAGAAAACUUCUUUAGCACCCUAAGUGCCACGCCUCUGAGCGAUGCUCAGAACUCUCGGGCCUCGAUUGCGAAGCUGCGCGCUCAGAAUAUGGGAAUGGUGCGGGCAAAAGCGAAACUUUUUGACACUUUAAAGGACUCGGACACGUCGGUGUCCUCGUGCGGAGGCUCGGCCAAUAAACCGCGCCCCAAAAAGACCGUUUCCACCUGCCGAGAUGCGUCCAGAACGCACAGGGUUUCAGCUUUAAGGUCGGAAGAGAGGAAGAGCAAAAAAAACGGUCUCGCCGAGACGAAAACGUCUAAAUCACAUGGGAAAACAGUACGUGAAGUGUCAAAACGACAUGGACAAAUGAAGACCCCGAAACGACUCUGUAGGACUCCGGCCCUGGACAAGAGGACCCCCUUCAAGGUUAUCCCCACCCCGGUUUAAAUGAUGACGUGGCAGAUGAUCCUUUUUGUUAUAUUUUAAUUUAGGGUUUUUUUUUGUUUGCUCAAUUUAUAAGACUUUUUUAUUAUUAAUACGAUGAUAAUUGUACAUUUUUUAUGUAAUAUAUAUGCAGUGAAUGAAAUAAA